GAACCGAUCAUUUGAGAGGACAUUCGAAGAAAGUUCAAAAACCGAGGUCAAACCGUUUACGUCUGGAGUCCCGUUUAUCUCACCGAGUAGUGAAUUACCGGAAAUCUCUACCGGAACACGUAAUAUCACCACCGUCUGUUAAUAUAUUCAAAACGAGAUUGGACCUCCACAGUAUUACAAACUGCAAGGAUUAAUAUAGGUCGACAGACCUCCUAUCCUUAUUACUGAAGACUGAAGACUAUGGUAGUUGUUGAGCACCAAGAACGCGGGAAAAAUGAUAAUCUAAAAGCAAAGGAAGAUAGGAAUGUACACAAGUAACAGUAGUCACGAGAGAUAGUUGAAAAAAAUAGAACUGAAAGUGUUGAAAACUUGGAAACUUAAAAAUAUUGCUUUGUGCUCAAAUGGUAACCUUUAAAAAGUGUGAAAUUCUCUUCAACACGUAUGUAGCAACCACCAGCUAGGUUAGUUACUUACUGGACGUCCAAGUGUUUCAUAACUAUUAUUAAUUUGACAUUAACUUUUCACGGAGAUAUUGAAAUUAGGACUUUACAGGGCUAUCUGUCUUCAAGGUCAGGAGUGUGAUUUACAUUCUCAUAAAACUAUACUUCACGGACGAGCCAGUCAAAAUCGCGAAUGUGAAAUUCAAGUAUCAUGUGUAACAAGCAGCAAAAGCUCUUUUGUAUGCUGCUAGAAAUCCUUAGAAAAUAUCGUAAACUCACUAUUAUCUAUCAUUGAUUAACGUUAAUCUAUCAAUUGAUACUGUCAAAUCAUCAAAUGCCUUUUUUGUCUCUUUAAAUUGAGUAUAUGUACCCCUGAAUGGAAAACCCUACUUUCUAAUCCUAAAGUAAACCUCAAGUCGAUCGCCCCAAGCUCCUGACUGGGGAAAUUUAGGGGAGUUCUGGGGAAAGUUUAGGGGUUUUGUGUCAUUUCCCCAAAAUUGGCAGCUUGGGACGUUACAUAUAUUUGUCUAAACUAGUCAGACAUUGCAUUUUUAAUAAAAUUACUUCAUUCAUAUAGCUACAGAGCAAUUUUGAGUAGUAACCGACGUCAUUUCGUGUUAAAGCCUUGACCUCUUUCGCAAUUUCUUUAGCAGUAACUAGGGCCAAUAUAAAGAACUUAAGAUUCCUUUGCGUCCUUAUAAAUAUUUAAAAAGAUAAGCAGUCUAUUUCCAUGAGGGCAAUUUGAUGUUUUUCCAUAGUUUCAAGUUAAAUGACCUGUGGAAAACGUCAGUAGAUUCAAUGUUUACUUAAGACCGGCUCACGCUAGCAAUACUAUUGGUUUUUUUCCAUGGACUACCCAUCAAUAAACGUCUUUUACAAUUGUCUAAAAACUGUAUUUUCAGUUCUAAUCUUGUCCAUAAAGUGUGCCUUUGCUCUCAUGUUGCACUUAUUACUUUUCCAUUGUUACUGAAAUAUAUUUGAAUGUAUAUUUGAAUCAUCGAGCAGAAAUUAGCGAGAUUAGAUCAAAUAUCAGAUAUCUUCAUAAUUUAGGACGACCUCCAAUAAAAUAUUGGUGAUAUAAGAAUUUUGGCGAUUCACUAACAUAGAACAAAAAAAUGAAUAAGGUUGUUUUUAGAUAAACAUCAUCAUAUAUCAAGUGUCUAACCAAUCCAUCUUAAAAUAUGAUAAUCAUAAUGUAUAAAAACUUAUUACCCAGUACUCUAAUGAUUUUGUUUUCUAGAAUCAGUUGACUACCACUUUGAUAAUUUCCUUUCUAUCAUAUAUGGUUCAUAUUUGAAUCCUUUUCUGUCAUAAUCGACUUUUCAAAUAAAUUUCAUCUGUAUAUUCUUUGUGUUUUUUUCGAGUAUUCUCCGCCUUUUUCAAUGUCAUUCACAGAACUUAUUGCCUUUGCAGUUUUAACUGAAAAUGACCUCGUUUGAUGCCGAAAAAUCUGUAACUGAUCCGAAUAUCGAGAUACAAUGGGCUGAACAUUGUUUCCGUGAUGCAGAAGAUUAUUUUCGCUUACUUUGUUCAGUCUCUGACCCCUCACAAUUAAGACUGACUGCCAUAGACGAUUUCAUAUACGACAAAUUUAUGGGAGAGUUUAGUGAUAUACAAUUAGACGUUAUUUCUGAAGAUUCUUUGAAAUCGGAGCAAUCAAAACCAAAAUGGCGAUCAUUUUGCAAUGAGUUUGAAAGGAAAGUUGAAGAUUUCAACUUCGGUACUUUAUUGAGACUUGAUGCCUCAAAAGGAUACUGUCCAGAAAACACCUGCAUCGUUCCUAGAAUACAGUUCCUUGCCUUAGAAAUCGCACGUAACCGCCUUGGGAUCAAUAACACUGAGAAGCUCAGACAAAUACAGGGAUAAAUUUGUACAUAUCUUGUAUAUUUUUUCUAUAAAACUUUGUAAUUGGCCUUGUUUAAAGACUUUAUUGGGAUUUUAAAGAUGAUGAAUCGAAGCUCACUACAUGUAUGAAUAUUUUUUAAUAACAUCAAAAACAACUACGCUACUGAUCACCAUACCUUGCUAAUCAACCUCAUAAAUAAUUAUUCCCACAUUACUUUAUUCAUCGAAUAAGCUCUUCUACAUUACAACUACUUAAUAGUUAAAUUAUUGAUGUAGAUAAUUUAUCACCCCUUUGUUCCAGACUCAAUUCUACGUGCCUGAUAAUCCAAUUGUGACAAAAAGCAAUUAAAAUCGAGAAUUUUGGACCAAUAGUAUUCUGCUCGCUGUUAUGUUAAGGGUCCCAUCUCGCAUGAACUCUCGGGUGUAUAUCGCUAACUAAUGCUGAACCGGCACGAUAAAGCUGCCUAGUGUUUUAUAAUAUCCUAGGAGAUACCAGUCGUCUGUAAAUCAACUUUAAAAUCUCAGAAGACAUCUUGCUAGGUCGUACUUCUCUUCACGGUUUUCUACAUAUUGUCGCUGAUUAUUUGAUUCUGUCAUACCAUCGAUGAUGAAAUGUAGGUUAGUAUGUCUUGAGGACGACUUGUGUUAUGACCUUGACGUCUGGCUUUUCUAUCACACGAUUUAUCUACCAAUCCGAAUACGACUUAUACGAAUCUUCACCCUAGGCCAACCAAUGACGUUCAACCGGUGUGGGCAGUUUAGCGUCCUUAUUGGUCCUAUGUCCUCCGAGCCCUUCCACUUGAGUCCAGAACACAAUACCAACUUCCGUAAUGUGAAUCGAAUCAGACCAGAUCGUUUAU